CCAUCUCGCGAGAAGCAAGUUGCUCGAGCCUCGGCGGCCCGGAACCGGUCUUGGAACAGUGGCGGAGCCGGAGCCCGCCUGCCCUCCCGCCCCAUGGAGCGGCCCCCGGGGCUGCGGCCGGGCGCGGGCGGGCCCUGGGAGAUGCGGGAGAGGCUGGGCACCGGCGGCUUUGGGAACGUCUGCCUGUACCAGCAUCGGGAACUUGAUCUCAAAAUAGCAAUUAAGUCUUGUCGUCUAGAGCUGAGUACCAAAAACAGAGAACGGUGGUGCCAUGAAAUCCAGAUCAUGAAGAAGUUGGACCAUGCCAAUGUUGUAAAGGCCUGUGAUGUUCCUGAGGAAUUGAAUUUUUUGAUUAAUGAUGUGCCUCUCUUAGCAAUGGAGUACUGUUCUGGAGGAGAUCUCCGGAAGCUGUUGAACAAACCGGAAAAUUGCUGUGGACUUAAAGAAAGCCAGAUACUCUCUUUACUGAAUGAUAUAGGAUCUGGGAUCCGCUAUUUACAUGAAAACAAGAUUAUACAUCGUGAUUUAAAACCUGAAAACAUAGUUCUUCAGGAUGUAGGUGGAAAGAUUAUGCAUAAAAUAAUUGAUCUGGGAUACGCCAAAGAUGUUGAUCAAGGAAGUUUAUGUACAUCUUUCGUGGGAACAUUACAGUAUCUAGCUCCUGAGCUCUUUGAGAAUAAACCUUAUACAGCUACUGUUGAUUAUUGGAGCUUUGGAACCAUGGUGUUUGAAUGUAUUGCUGGAUAUAGACCUUUUUUACAUCAUCUGCAGCCAUUUACCUGGCAUGAGAAGAUUAAGAAGAAGGAUCCCAAGUGUAUAUUUGCCUGUGAAGAGAUGACAGGAGAAGUUCGAUUUAGUAGCCAUUUACCUCAACCAAAUAGUCUUUGUAGCUUAAUAGUGGAACCCAUGGAAAACUGGCUACAAUUGAUGCUGAGCUGGGAUCCUCAACAGAGGGGAGGACCUGUUGAUGUUACUUUGAAGCAGCCGAGAUGUUUUGUAUUAAUGGAUUAUAUUCUGAAUUUGAAGAUAGUACACAUCCUAAAUAUGACGUCAGCAAAGAUAAUUUCUUUCCUGUUGCCCUCUGAUGAAAGUCUUCAUUCACUACAGUCACGUAUUGAGCGAGAAACUGGAAUAAACACGGGUUCUCAGGAGCUGCUUUCAGAAACGGGAAUUUCUCUGGAUCCUCGGAAACCUGCUUCUCAAUGUGUUCUAGAUGGAGUCAGAGGCUGUGAUAGCUAUAUGGUUUAUUUGUUUGAUAAAAGUAAGACUGUAUAUGAAGGACCAUUUGCUUCCAGAAGUUUAUCUGAGUGUGUAAAUUAUAUUGUACAGGACAGCAAAAUACAGCUUCCAAUUAUACAGCUGCGUAAAGUAUGGGCAGAAGCAGUGAACUAUGUGUCUGGACUAAAAGAAGACUAUAGCAGGCUCUUUCAGGGACAAAGAGCAGCAAUGUUAAGUCUUCUUAGAUAUAAUGCUAACUUGACAAAAAUGAAGAACACUUUGAUUUCAGCAUCUCAGCAACUGAAAGCUAAAUUGGAGUUUUUUCACAAAAGUAUUCAACUUGACUUGGAAAGAUAUAGUGAGCAGAUGACUUAUGGAAUAUCCUCAGAAAAAAUGUUAAAAGCAUGGAAGGAAAUGGAAGAGAAGGCUAUACACUAUGCUGAGGUGGGUGUUAUUGGCUACCUGGAGGAUCAGAUCAUGUCCCUGCACACUGAAAUCAUGGAGCUACAGAAGAGCCCCUAUGGAAGACGUCAGGGAGACCUGAUGGAAUCUCUGGAACAGCGUGCCAUUGAUUUAUAUAAGCAAUUAAAACAUAGACCUCCAGAUCACUCCUAUAGUGACAGCACGGAUAUGGUGAAGAUCAUUGUGCAUACUGUGCAGAGCCAGGACCGGGUUCUCAAGGAGUUGUUUGGUCAUCUCAGCAAGUUAUUAGGCUGUAAGCAGAAGAUUAUUGAUCUACUGCCCAAGGUGGAAAUGGCCCUCAGUAACAUCAAAGAAGCUGACAAUACUGUCAUGUUCAUGCAGGGAAAGAGACAGAAAGAGAUAUGGCAUCUCCUUAAAAUUGCCUGUACACAAAGUUCUGCCCGGUCCCUUGUAGGAUCCAGUCUAGAAGGUGCAGUAACCCCUCAGACAUCAGCGUGGCAACCACCAACUUCAGCAGAACGUGAAAUUCCUCUGUCAUGCGUGGUAACUCCUCACAAUGGGGAAACUUUGACACAAAUGAUAGAAGAAAAUAUGAACUGUCUUGGUCACUUAGGCACAAUUAUUCGUGAAGCAAAUGAAGAACAGGGCAGUAGUAUGAUGAAUCUUGAUUGGAGUUGGCUAACGGAAUGACCUGCCGCUUGUUCACUGUCCUUAAACCUAAGGAAGUUGUUGCUACAACAUGUGGGAAACUGUUUCUCUUCCAUGAAGCUAUUAUCUGGACGUCAAUCAAUGAAAGAUAUGGCUGUAAUUACUUUUGAUUUUACAAACACAGUACUUUAACUUGGUUAACUUUAAGAAUUUUAUCUGAAGUUAAUAGAUUUGUUUAAAUACAACUAUUUAACAAUAGCAUUGCAGUGCCUGGUAGAGCACUCAUAUUACCAGGUGUGAGAGUCCAGGUUCAAGUCCCCAGUCUCCACCUGCAGGGAGAAAGCUUCAUGAAUGGUGCUGCAGGUGUCUCUUUUUGUCUCUUCCUUGUCUUCCCUCUACUUUUCACUGACCCUAUCAGAAAAAAGAAAAUGGAUGCCAGGAAUGGUGGAAUUGCACCAAACCCCCAUUGGGGAAAAUUCCAUUUGGCUUCUGAUUUAGCUGAUGAAAAAUGUCAUUUAAUGUUUAAUUUUUUAUCACAAGUUCAAAAGUACAUAUAUAUAGAAAGAAAAAAAAAAGCUCAACUCUGAUGUAUUCUAAACCUUUGUAUGGAAGAGACUGUUCACAAUUAAAGUUGUACUUCGUAAGAAUGACCCCUACUAUCUUGUGUUGCACAGUGCUGUUCCUGGCAUCCUAAGAAGUUGGUUCUAUACAUUUUCAGUUGUGCUGCACAUUUGAUAGUUUCUUUCUCCUACAGAAAGAGUUGCGCACCUGUAUCUUUAAUAAGUUGAUUUACAUCACUCUUGUGUAUAUGUAUUUAAGAUGUACAUGUAAUAUCAAAUUGAAGACACCCGUUAAUUUAUAAUGUACUUGAAUUUUUUUUUUUUUGUAAAAAUGGCUUAUGUGUUUAAGGAAUAUUUCAUGUUUUGUCAGAUUAAAAAAAAAACUUUACUCACUUACCUGUAAUUCCAAAAUCCAAAUAGCUGUAAGAACAAGUUUUUCAUAAGCUUAGAGACAAAAACUCUCUUACAUAUGUAAUUUGAACUGACAUUGAGUCUACUUAUCCCACUAGUGUGACCAUUUAUUUUGCUGAAGAAAUGUUAAUGUGUUUGAUUAUGGGCAGGGUGGGGUGCUGGGCAUACCCUGCUGGAGAAUCAAAGUAUGUUAUAUGCACUGAAUUACCUUUUAAAAAUCUGAACACAUCAUAAUUAUGAACAAUCUGACCCUAAGGGUUUUGAAUAAAGGAUGUUGGAUCUCUAUCACCUGUAUCAAAGUAAUAUAGAAAGUACUGGUUUUUUUAAAAUGUGAAAUGCUUUUGUAUUCUAGUUUUUCACUUUGUAUAUUAAAUGAUUUUUAAAUUA